UCGUGGAAUGCACUUUCGGUGCAUUUGGUGCAUUUAUUAUCGAGUCAGCAAAUCGUAUAAGUAGUGUUUUGUUCAAUUUCACAAGGAAAGUUAAAUUAAUUUUAGAACGGCAAGACAAGAACUGCUCUAAAAUGGAGAGCUGGCUAAAGGAUCGCCUCUCCAAGUGUCUGUGCUUCGAAGUCCCGGACGAAAUGAUCGGGUACAUCAUGACCAUCCGGGGCAAUCAGGAGCUGGACGAGUACUUCAAGAGUCUGCUGGAUUCUGGGAAUCCCGAGCACGUCUCGUUUCUGAACGAGUUCAAACAACGGCUAAGAAAGAGUCCUUCGGAAGGACGUGGCGGGAAAAACCAGAAAUCCGGCAAACAGCAGCAGAAUAAGUCGCAACCGCCUCAGCAACAGUCACAGCCACAACAGUCUCGCGGACCGAAACUUCCGGAACCGGUUGCAAAACAGGAUGUCUUGCCGGUGGCUUCCUCGCAGAUCCACCAGGGUGCAGUCAAGAAGAAAACGAAAUACGUGAGCCUUUACGACCAGGAAGGCCGUGCCAAUGUGGUCCUGAUCAAGGGUCGGCACCUGUGCGAUUGCCAGGCCUCCAAGCAUAAGCUGAUCAACAACUGUCUGCACUGCGGCCGGAUCGUGUGCGAGCAGGAAGGAAGUGGCCCUUGUCUGUUCUGUGGCAGUUUGGUGUGCACCGACGAGGAGCAGAAGAUGAUCGACAGCUCGUCCAAGAAGGGGGACAACCUGAAGCGCUCCUUGAUGGAUCAGAACCGGCCCAAGGGAUGGGAGGAGGCGGUGGCCACCCGGAAUCGCCUGCUGGAGUACGACCGGAACAGCGAGAAGCGAACGACGGUGAUCGACGAUGAGUCGGAUUACUUCCGGGCCAAUUCCGUGUGGCUAUCGGAUGCCGAACGGAAGAAGAUGGAGAAGUUGGAAGCGGAAAUGAGGGAAAAGAAACAUGCCAGCCGGAUGAGCCGGAAGGUGACGAUUGACUUUGCUGGGCGGCAGGUCGUGGAGGAGCCGCAGUUGGCUAUUGAGGUGGAGGACGAGAUUCUGAAGCAGAUUGCCGAGUCGGUUGCUCCGGAGAAGGAGAAUGCUGGGCCCAAGAGCGGAUGGGAUAGGAAGAAGGCCAGUGCCGAUCGGUCGGAUGAUAUUCAUCCGGGAAUCGUCGGGGAAGCGCCGAUUUUCAUCGAUCUGGGCUCCGGACAAGCGCCUCUGAGACCACAAAACGGUCCUCGAUUCGAUGGUGUGUACAGCAAAGUGCAGGACAAGGAAUUCCUGGAAAUGUCCGACCUGCGGCACUGCCUUUCGAUGCAUCAACCGUGGGCUUCGCUGCUGGUGGCGGGAAUCAAACGGCAUGAAGGCCGAACUUGGUACUCGUCGCAUCGGGGCCGGCUGUGGAUUGCGGCCACGGCCAAACCCGUGGACAUGGAAAUGGUCAAACAGAUGGAGAACUUCUACCGGGUGUUGUACAACGACGACAGCAUUGAGUUCCCCUCGCAGUACCCGUCUGGGUGUUUGCUGGGAUGCGUAUCGGUGCAGGACGUUCUGCCGCAGGAGGAAUACCGGAAGCAGUAUCCGGAGGGGGAAUCCGAGAGCCCGUUCGUGUUUGUCUGCACGGACCCACAGGAGCUGCCCAUUCGAUUCCCUGUUAAAGGGGAGCACAAGAUUUACAAUUUGGACACGAAGAUCCACCAGGCCGCGGUGAAGGCGCUGCAGCGACUUUCGAAAUUGAAGGCAGAAGAAUGAGUGUUACAUUAAGAGAAGAAAUCUAUAUGCAAUAAACAAAGGCGUAGCUAAAACAU